AGUUAGAAACGCUUUUAGAGAGUAAGCAAUGUACUUGCUCAUGAAAAUUAUUAAAUUGAACCAUUGGACGGGGAAACAUUAAAUUAUAAUAAAUUAACCGCUUAGUGAGGAAGUUUCAACGUAGCUAAAGUUAGUGUGACGUUCUUACUUCAUAUUUUCCAUCCAAGGUAUAGGAAAAUAUACAAGGUAUAAAGCAAGUGUUAUUAACAACUGCACUGUUACUUAUGCAGUUAUAAAAUUUAAAUUAAUGCGUAGUGCACAUGCAUUUGAUAUAAAGUGACAUUUGAACCGCAUACCCUUAUCAUGUUAUUUACAUAAAGUGGCCCCUGUAACUCAAAUUUACGACAGUCUGUGUCUACAUUAUACAUUGAUUUUAUAUUUAGUAGUGCACAAUAACUAUCAGAAAAUGCCUUUGGCAAAUAUCGACGAAAUGAUUUUUCGACAAUCCAGACUGGGGGUGGCCAGGAAUUUGUUUGAUGUUGAAGUUCCUCAUAGAGUAGCCAGCUACGAUAGAUAUAUACCCUGCAGGGCGAACAACACUUGGGAGACCAGUUUUGCUACGAUCCCAGAUCCAAAUAAGGGAGUUCAGUCCGGCAAGAAGACGAGGGAAACAGGUGAGAACACAAGGGACAGUUCUGUAUAUAAUAUCCUGUUACGGAAUGAAUUACUGGGAGAGAAUAUUGAGGAUGUCAAGUCGCAGUGUGACGAGAGGCAGGCACUUACCCCUGUGAAGAGUAAAAACCUUUUCAAAUAUGGAACUCCUACAAAGAACGAGAGAACGCCAGUCAAGAGCCAAUCUAGUCCGUACUCCCUCUCACCCCUGAGCACCAGCAGCCAGCGGCUGCUCCGAUCCCCCCACAAGGCUACGAGGAAGAUCUCUAGGAUACCCUUCAAGGUACUGGACGCCCCCGAGCUCCAGGACGACUUCUACCUCAACCUCGUCGACUGGUCGGUCCAGAACGUCCUUAGCGUCGGCCUCGGCAGCUGCGUCUACCUCUGGUCCGCGUGCACCAGCCAGGUGACGCGGCUGUGCGACCUUUCCAGCGACGGAAACGUCGUCACGUCGGUGGCGUGGAGUGAGAGGGGACACUUGGUCGCCGUCGGCACGCACAACGGUUACGUGACGGUGUGGGACGUCGCCGUCAACAAACAGGUGAAUAAACUUCAAGGGCACACGGCUCGGGUGGGCGCGUUGGCCUGGAACGGGGACGUACUCAGCUCCGGAAGUAGGGACAGGCUGAUUUUGCAGAGGGAUACCAGGACGCCACCGAACGUAACCGAACGAAGGUUGGUGGGCCACCGGCAAGAAGUCUGCGGCCUCAAGUGGUCUCCUGACAACCAAUAUUUGGCAUCGGGAGGCAACGAUAAUAGACUUUAUGUAUGGAACAUGCAGUCGUUGUCGCCCGUGCAGACUUACACCGACCACCUGGCGGCGGUGAAGGCUAUAGCUUGGUCGCCCCAUCAUCACGGGUUGCUAGCCUCGGGUGGAGGAACUGCUGAUAGGUGUAUCAGGUUUUGGAACACCCUCACCGGGCAACCCAUGCAGUGUGUGGAUACAGGUUCUCAGGUUUGCAAUUUGGCGUGGUCUAAACACAGUUCGGAGCUGGUCUCCACACACGGUUACUCCCAGAAUCAGAUCCUGGUAUGGAAGUACCCAAGCUUGACGCAGGUGGCCAAAUUGACGGGUCAUUCGUACAGGGUGCUCUACCUGGCUCUGUCGCCAGAUGGCGAGGCCAUCGUGACGGGAGCGGGUGAUGAAACCCUGCGUUUCUGGAAUGUCUUCAGCAAGGCGCGUUCCCAGAAGGAAACCAGGUCGGUCCUCAGUUUAUACACGGGGAUACGUUAGAUUUUCGUAUGGCGAAUGCCAAUAUUUACUUCUGUGAAGUAUUUUUUUAUAUUUUAGACUUAUACAACAGACUUGUUUUACAUUAUACUAUAAAUCUUUUUUUUUUAUUUAUACUUGUAUUGAAUUUACACAUUUCACGAUAUAUAUGAUUGUGAUAAUUAUAUUAGCGUUUCUAAUGUGUACAAAUAUUAUAGCGAUUUAUUUAUUUUUAGCAAGAGUUUCCGUGAAAUAUUUUAUAUCGUUACAAAGUAACUUGAGGAAUAGUGGGUGAGAAAUUAUUUAUUUGCUUUCGAGAGAUGUUUUUGUUUUUUUAUUGGGAAAUAUUUUUGUCUACUAUGUGGCAUAUACAGGGUGUACCAUUUUUAGACAAAUAACAGAUUAAGUGAUAAAACGAAAAAGUACUUUAGUACAAAAAAAAAAUAAUAUAAACAAUUGCUUGAUGUAAA